AUAUAAAAGGGCUUUUGAGUUAUGCAGAGCCUCAGAUGAGGGAUUACCAGUGGUACCAGUAUGAUCGAAACUUUGAUACCAUUUAUUUUGGUUGCACAAGUACCCAUCGACACCUACGAUGUUUACUACGGAUUGCAAUACACUUUCAACGUGUCCAAUACCCUGGAGUACGACAUUGAAGGUGUCACUCAACAUUGUAACAUUGUGGGGAAAUUAAAGUGCAGAAAUUCGGGAGCUUACAGUUUAAUUUGCACCCUGACUGAUGCAUCUAGACAAUGGUAUCAAGAAAAAGGGAGCAACAUCACCUACCCAGAUAAUCCCAAAUACAUCACAUUCCCAAUUUUCAAUGCAGGCCCGUUCGAAAUUCUAUUCAAAGAUGGAAUGAUUCAUAGUAUUUUUGUGGAUGCAGAUCAAUCGAUUACCGCACAGCAGAUCUUUAUAAUGGAAAUUUCAGAAUUGUUGAAUGUUUGGUGGAUGAAUUUGAAGGAAUCACCGAAGGGCUUGCGACCGGUGAUGGAUUACAAUUUUCCCAAGGCUUCCAUUCCCGAUUGCCAAUCCAUUAUCAAAGUCACCACGCUAAAAAGAAUUAAUCGGAAGACAGAUUUUGGAAUUAAAAGCAUAGGGAGAAGAUUGAACAUCAGUUCGGGAGUUACCUAUCAUUUUCGAAAAACUCAAAAUGCACAUCUUCCAUGCUUUAAGAGUCUCUAUUUAUGGUAUGAACCCGAUGCUAAUCUACUGCCAAAAAUAAUCAAUCCAACUCGUAUCAAUGCCACGUCGUCGAUCAGUCGUGUCGUUGUAUCCGAGAAUGAAUUCGUUUCUUUCAGCGAGAAUUUUGCAUAUUACUGUUGUCAUUACAAUAUUCAUCAGAGAACCAGCGUGACUCUAGAUUCAAUUGAUAAAGCUACCAGCGAUCUCCCCAUCAUCAAAAAUCCUAUCGAAGUGUUCAAGACUGUUGAGUCAAGUUUAGUUUCCCUCAAUCUGUAACUAGAUAAUUAAAUUCUAUGUAUUACAUAUCAAUUCAAUUAAGUAAUUACGGGCAAUUUUUUUUAACAGUUAAGAUUCUUUUAAUAUUUAGAUUUUAUAUGUUAAAUGAUGACAAAUACGCUAGUAUAACAAAAAAUUCAAUGGAAUGGUAAAU